AUGGCUCUGGUUCCCUACACUAAGCAGCAGCUGGAUGACUGCAUCCUCAUGCCUCACGAGCCUUCCACUUCCGAGUUCCACGUGUUCAACAAACUGCCUUAUGACCUCCGUCAUAAAAUCUGGGAGUCCUCACUUUUGAACUAUCGACACAUCAAGGUCCUCCUUGCCGAUGACAACAACUGGGAGUUCUCAAUCUGGAACUGCCGACACCGCAAGGUCUUCCUUGUCGAUGACGAUGACGAAAAGCAAUACGAGAUCUUCGUCAAGAAGAGUGCGACGUACCACGCGCUUCUAAACACAACAUCGGAGUCGCGCAACGUCGCCAAGACGUUUUACCGUGUUCAAAUGCCUUGCCGUCGAAUGGGCCCCGACGGCAGCGUCGAUGGAACCCUAUUUCUUUGCCCCGAAUUAGACACCAUUCAGGUGGAGACUCACUGCUGCUCCCUCCAGCACUUCGAGAAGUUCUCGGACGCUAUUUUUACCGCAGACAAGCAUGAUAUCGGCCUGGUCAACUUGGCCCUCGACUGCGAAUUCCGCCACAUCGAUGAACUAUUUUCCCUGGAUGAGAACGAGCACACUCUUUUCACGGAUGCCAUCCGAAGAAUCGAGGUUCUUACAUUUGUUGGGCGCGUGGCCAAGCCUGAGCUUUUAAUGUACGGAAGUGACCUGCGGGUCGUCAACUCCUCGUCUCGCUUUGUCGACAAACGUAUCGACACCGAGAGCUAUGAUCGAGGUGUUUUUAACUAUGAAUCCGGUUUAUACGAAAACGAACUGAAGGCUGCCCACAUCGGCAAGGAGGACCCACGUCGAGGGUAUUACUCGUUCUGCCUUCUCAUGGAGGAGCUGAAGAUCCCGGAAGAUGUUUACAAGUCCAAUUUGACUAAUGAGCUUUUCAUGCUCACCUACAACUAUGAGCCGGAGUUUAUUCCCACCAACGGCGAUCCGCAUGAGUAUAGGCUCGCCUACAACAAUUCACAGCGGGAGUACCGAGAGUACAACCAGGGACCGCCCCCUGCAAUUGGAUUUUGGCUUUUCCCGCUGAGUGUCAUUGGACCCUUCUUUCUUGACAACCUCAAUCCAUUGACUGGUCUCCCGUCGGACCGCAGUGAGGCCAAAAUGGUGAAAGAGCGAGUCGUUGAUGUGAGUGAAUGCGACUCCAGCUUUUGUUUCUAUCAUCCUGCGUAUUAG